AUGUUGAGACUACUCGUCUCGAUCCUCCUUUUGCUGGCCAGAGUUGCUACUGCUGUGCCGACUUCAGCACCAGCAUCUACGCCAUCAUCAGGACCAACAUCAGCACCGGCGUCGGUACCGGCACCGGCACCAGCACCAGAUGCCGGCAAAAAGGAGCGCAUCUGCUUCGACAUCAACCCUUCCAUGGCAUUCUUCACGACAACAGUGUACGUGACAACCACUACGGGUGCCGUCUUUGUUACUUCAAAGCCGACUACCGGAGCAGGGCUCCCUGUUGUGCCCACCGGCUUGGCAUCUCUACCUGCAUCUGCCGCUCCAGGAUCUGCAUCUGGAUCUCUUUCAGGGAAAUUACCUCCACAGCCCAGCCAAGGGGCAACGAAUGGUCAGAAAUGGGGAAACGGAACACUAUCCCUCACCAACGGCGGCGCUCCGGGUCCCACAGGCACAGGAACCGGCGGUGGCGUCCCGAAACCAUCCUCCCCGGCGAAAGGGUUGAUUAAUAUGGUGUAUUUCACAAACUGGGGAACAUACAAGCCCAACUAUCAACCUCACAACCUGCCUGCCUCCGACAUUACCCAUGUCUUGUACUCGUUUGGCAAUGUAACAACAAACGGCACCGUUGUAUCCUCAGACGACUUUGCCGAUACGCAGAAGCAAUAUCGCAGAGACGGCAACGGAACAACCAUGCAAGGCGCAAUAGGACAGCUAUUCAACAUCAAGAAGAAGAACCGCAAGCUCAAGACGCUCCUCUCCAUCGGCGGCUGGACAUACACCGAGAACGGAGCCUUCAAAUCAGCAUCCACCGAACAGGGCCGCAAGACGUUUGCAUCCAGCGCCGUCAAACUAGCUCUGGACUGGGGCAUGGACGGCAUCGACAUUGACUGGGAGUUCCCCAAGAACGAGACCGAAGCCAAGGAAUUCGUCGCCCUCUUGAAAGAGUGCCGCGACACCUUCGACAAGUACAUUGCCAGAGUCCAGCAAAAGUACCACUACCUCAUCACCGUGGCCGUCUCGUCCGGACCAACCAACUACAAAAACAUCGACAUCAAGGGCAUGGACCAGUACGUCGACCUGUGGAACCUGAUGGCGUACGACUACGCCGGCAGCUGGGACAACACGACCGGCCACCAGGCAAACCUGUAUCCCGACGCCACCAACAAGGAGAACACAAAAGUCGACACCGAGCAGGCCAUCAACGCAUACAUUGCCGCCGGCGUGGCCCCCCACAAGAUUCUGCUAGGUCUGCCCAUCUACGGGCGCUCGUUUGGAAACACUGACGGCCUGGGAAAGCCGUACAAGGGCGUUGGUAAAGGAUCCGUGGAGGAUGGAACUUGGCUGUACAAGGAUCUUCCGCGUCCUGGUGCCGAAGUCAAGACGGAUGAUAAGGUUGGCGCGACGUGGUCGUAUGAUCCUAAAGCUCGUGAGUUUGUGUCUUAUGACAAUCCGCAGACGGCUGCCUUAAAGGCGACGUAUAUCAAGACCAAGGGCCUUGGCGGUGCCUUCUUUUGGGAAGCGUCUGGGGAUAAGAACGGGACGGAGAGUCUCAUUGGUUCCAUGGCAAAGUCUCUGGGCCAGCUCGACACCUCGGAGAAUAUGUUGGUCUAUCCAGAGAGCCGAUAUGAUAAUAUUAAGAACGGCAAAGGAUCGUGA